GGGGGGGGGGAGACUCUCACGUGCUAUUUUGCGCCUCUAACACCCUUAACGAAAGGCUCCCCCCCCUCCCCACACAGCACCAGUGGCUCCCGCAGGGAGACGGAGACGGAGAUGGAGCGGAUGAAGUGUGACCAGUGCGGGUACCUUUCCAAAGAGGAAUCGGCCAAAUUCUGCAGCCAAUGCGGGAACCGAUUGACACAAGUUGUUACACAGAGUGUGUCGUUGACGGCCCCGGUUCGUGGGAAGAUGGAAUCAGAACCGCCAGAGUCAGCAACGUUGCCAGAUGUUGACAGUGUAAACCAGGAAGAAACAACCGACUACUCAAUGGACACAACCGAUGAGAGCGGAGAAACCUCAUGGGAUCCAACCAAUGAGAGCGGAGACCCCUCACGGGAUCCAACCAAUGAGAGCGGAGACCUCUCACGGGAUCUAACCAAUGAGAGUGGUGACACCUCAUGGGAUCUAACCAAUGAGAGUGGUGACACCUCACAGGAUCCAACCAAUGAGAGUGGUGACACCUCACGGGAUCUAACCAAUGAGAGUGGUGACACCUCACGGGAUCCAACCAAUGAGAUCAGAGACGCCUCGCUGGACUCAACCAACGAGAGCGGAGAAACUUCAAUGGAUUCAACCAACGAGAGUGGAUUAAAUUCACCGGAGCCAACCAAUGAGAGUGAAGAAAGCUCAUUGGACCCAACCAACGGCAGCAAAGACGUCUCAAUGGACACAACCAUUGAGAGUGGAGAAGCCUCACUGGACCCAGAGCUUUCUGAUGUGGAGAUCGAAAGCAACACUAACACUGCCCCAGCGACAGUGUUGCAAAAGGAAAAUAACGCUUCCGAAAGCAAAAAGGCCAAUAAAAAAAAAAAGAAGAAACGGAAGAAACAGAAAAACAACCCGGCCGGACAAAUCAAAGCACCUCCCAGCUCCUCGAAGUCCCCCAAGCAGAUCCGUUUAGAUAGCGAUCAGAAGGAAGGCGAGGUAGAAAAUCACAGCGCCAUUACAAACCAAACUAACCAGGGCGAGGGAAGACAUCCCGAGCCGCAGUCCAGCCCAACUAAGUCAUCUGAUGCGUCUGAACAUCAGGACGUCAAUUCUGCUUCCAAAGGCCAAAGGGUUGGGUCGACUCUGGGUGAAGAGCAAAAUGGGAGUCCUACAAAAACCACCGAGUCCAGUGACCCAAGCCCCUGCAGUAGUAUUGACCACAGAGGCGCAGAAAAAGAUCCUUCCUUGUCUAAGGCUGUGAGCGAGAAAACCCACCCAAUAACGAGCGCUGGAUCUGGUCAUUCAGUGGAAGGUGACUUAACCCAUAAGAAAGACAGUGGCCGAAAUGGAGGACAAGAGACCGACCAGGCCGAGAGAGCAGGUGAACCUCAGUUGUCGCUCACUGAUGGUGGCAGCAAGCGGAGUCACCUGGGAGACGGAGACUCGGGUAGUUUGGUUAAGGCGAAGAGCGACCAACAAUCUGACCGUAAGAUUGAAAAGGACACCUUAAACAGACAGGAGGCGAGUUCACAAACCAAGAAGGGUAAGGAGAAGCCAAAGAACCACACCAAACCUUCGGCCACUAUCAACGAGGGCGGCAAGAGUGAUCAGAAAGACAGAGAAACGACAGAGUUGUCGAGAAAACGCAACAUAAAUAAAAAUAAAUCUCCCGCCUAUCAAGGCAGUGAUUUGAAGCCCGAGGAACGAGUCACUGUUUAUUUCCAUGCAAUUUUGUCGAAGGAUUUUAAAUUCGAUGUUGAAAAGCACAGAGUGGUGCUGAGAUCGGGACAACUUACUGGAGGAAACUGGACCGCUGAUGUGCUCGUGAUGAAUGUGUCUCAAGACUUGGGGGAACACGGUUACUUAAUUCAAGGGCAGCAAUAUUUUCGUAAAGAAUUCCUGAAUAAGAGCAUUGCCUAUAAAUAUGCAGUCUUGCGGGAUAAAGAGGUUGAAUAUGAGACUAUAUAUAAACACGAUGCAACAGAAGGAGUUCACGUCAACCGUUAUCUCUGUAUCCAAUCGAAAUUCCUAAACCAAUCGGAAUGGCAUCAAUACGAUGAUAUCGUCUGCGCUCCACCUGCUGAAGGUUGGAAAACCUACUACACGAAGGCGAAAAAUUACAUCAGGAACAAAUGGGAAGGGAAGAAAGAUGUGGCAAAUGGGAAGAAUCUGGCGGGCAGAUUCAUGCUGGAAUCAUUGUUUGACAUCCUCUCGACAUGGAACAAAAUCAAUCUAAGGAGCUUCUUCUUUCAGUUCCACCAGUUCUUAUUGGUUUACUCAAAUCCUAUGGUAUUUGAAAAUGAUCCCAAAUCAUGGAAAGACCUACCAUUUGGCGAGAAGGAAGUCAAAGAUUUAAUACUUACACUUUUGAGGGAUAAGGCAAAGCUUCUCCUUGCAAAGGAUGACCAAAACUCCGAAGCUGGGAAAGACUCUGUAGAACGCCGGCUUCGAAUGGGAAUGUUGAUUUUGUAUCUGACUUAUCGCUAUAGCAUUAAUAUGACCAAGAAGGAUAUCCACGCGGUCUGUCAACUUCUGAGUCUGCAACAGAUGUCCAGCAAAGUUUCUGAAAUGGAGGUGCAAAUAUUCAAAGAAACUCCCUUAAACGAGAGGUUUAGUGAAGCUCUGCUCCUGAUGAUACAGAAAUGUAUUGAGGACCGAAGUUUUCAAUGGGUGCAGGUGAUUCCUGUCUUCCACAUAUUUUGCUCUUCGUCCAAACCAACUUUGUCUUUCACUGGCCAUUCUCAAGACGUCUGGGCCGGAUUGGAAGGAAUUGCGUACGUUAAUUGCAGAGAAAAGUAUGAAUAUGAAAGCCUAUGGCAACUGUUUGAGAUCAUGAGAAAAAAUAAGCAUUUGGUGGAUUUUGAUGGAUUUCUGCAUCGAUCUUGGUUCAGUUUGAUACCAAUGAAUUCCCUGUUCGAAUACGUCAAUACUGUGACUCCUGAUCCACUCGUCGUUCUACAAGGUCUAAUUUAUAGACUGAAAGAAAAGUUGCAUUUGGAUCAAACAACGGUGUUUGAAAAUCUGCUGCAGUACGUGAAAGACAACUUGCACAGAGUUCUUCCUGGUGACCACACAGAAGCGUGCAAGGUGGCAGCUCUGAAAGUACACGAAUUAAUUUGUUGCGGACUUGUGAGAUUCAAAAUGAACUGCGGCAUGUUGACUGCUUCUGUUGAGAUCAUUAGCGAACUUGUCGGAUCAGAUAAUUCCUUAUCAGGACAGGUUGCAGAUAAGAAGCCUGAAAGCGAUGAGGUUGCUGCUGUGCCCAGUGGUGAAAGAGUCUUGCACAUAGUUUUGAAAAACACAAGAAGUUGGAUGAAAAAACUUGGAUCCCAACUGCUGAAAUCAUAUGCUGCUUAUGUUGAUAAGGAUGAACUUCAGAUCUGGAGCAGGCUGAUCGACUUAACCUUUGGAGACGAGAGACUGACUUCCAUUUGGACUACGGAACUCCUGAAGGAUCUGGAAGGGAAAAUAAAACAGGAAAAACAUCUUAGACAGAUAGAAGUCUACUGCAAGUGCCACACCGAAAUCAAUGAGCAUAAUCCUCUGGUUGCUAAAUGUUUUGAGGACUGCGCUCUCGAUGCUGUCCAUCCUGUGUGCCAGGAUAAGGCGGAGGCGCAGCUGUUUCUCAGUCUGGGCCAGUGUGACUUGAAGAAGUUUGGUAAAUUGCUCUCGACGAUCAUCGAGAAAGCCUGGCAGAAAGACGGCAGCGGACAGUUUGUGAAAGGUUACGACGAUGUCAUCCGUCAUUUGCUUGAUUGGUCUGCGGCCAAGAAUAUCUUCAAGCUGCAAGGAUCAGAUAAGAAACUCAUCGACGAACUGACCGAUGAGGCGAAGGAGCUGAUGGCCCUCGCAGAUUCCGUCUUCCUAGAUGUGGUCAAUAAGCUGCAGCAGGGCUCCAUCCAAAUAAAGCAUUUGAAGUGGAUUAUAGAGAAGAAACAAAACUUUAAUACUUUGCACGACAUAAAGAAACAGAGCGGAUCGUGCCAAAUGAAGUACAACCAAGCGGUGCUGUCAAUACGGGAAAACGAACUGAAGGGGUUCAACGAGAGAAAGGAUGGCGUUGACAGUCUCUUGAAAAUGUGCCGCAAAAUUACCGAGUUUGUGAAAGUGGACACGGAAGAACUUGAAGAGCGCCUUAAAGCUGAUUUUGGCUCAACAGAACUGAAGCAAGUAAUGAACGUGACUGCAAUGAGCAACCAGAGCAUUCCCCAAACGAGACCAGCCUGCAAGGCGGUAACUUGGUUCCAUUUGAGCGAACAGACAGCGGAGAUGGCAAGAAACAUCCACCAAUUUAAAGACAGCCACGUUUUUCAAAUGUGUUGGGAGAAAGCGGCUAAAGACCUGUCCGCCAAGGCUCCCGCUGACAUCGAGUUUUCCGACGAGCAGGAAGGAGAGGAGGAGCUGUACGUGGAAUCGUCCAUGGCCCCGUCCGUGACCCUUGACCAACUGAACGCCAGGCUGUGGGAGCCGUGCUUCACCCACUACCAGAGCAUCUACCAAAAAGUGAAGGAGGGCAGCCUGACAUUCAGAGAGGUGGACGAGCAGUUCAGAGACUAUGGCGAAAGCUACGAGGAUCUGAAAAGGGACUUCGAGAUCAUGUGCAAGUUGUCGCCCCGGGAUGGCCAGUGGGUAGGCAAACGCAUCCAGCAGAUUCAAGAAUAUCACCAGCUCCAUUCGGCCGUGAAGUGUGCGGAGAUAAUCAUGCGGGCCAAAGACAUCCUGUCACUGAAGGGCAACUUCAGUGUGCUGGAAACUCUGCUGAACAUGAGAGACGAGUCGUUUAAGGAAAAAAAGCUGAACUGCAUAAGUGAUGAACUUAUAGAAGCCAGAAGCCUUCUUGUGAACAUUUCAGAGCCUUGCAGGAAAUGUUUGGAAGAGCUCAUUCAAAGGCAGCAAUUUGUACACUGGAUCAAAGAUGCAUUGGGAGAUAUCAAUGAAUUGAAGGUCUUCGUUGACCUGGCCUCGAUCUCAGCCGGUGAAAAUGACCUUGACGUUGACCGUGUAGCUUGCUUCCACGAUGCUGUGUUGGGCUACUCAUCAUUGCUGUACGAAUUAAAACCCGAAUUCGGCUUUGUGGACUUCAUGCCUUGCUUGCAGAAGCUAUGGAAGGCUCUCAAAAAUGACCACAAUCUUUCGAAAAAGCUGCGAGAUUCAGCGAGGCAUCUGGACUGGCUGAAAACGGUUAAGGAAAGCCACGGGUCUGUGGAACUAUCCUCCCUCUCACUGGCCUCCGCCAUCAAUAGCGAUGGCAUCUACAUCAUCGGUUCUGAGGAGCAACACAAGCUUUCUCUGGGGUCGGCCAUCAAGCUACACCUGCCCGAAGUUCUCGAGGACAGUGAGGAGCUGCGUUGCUACACGCUGGAAGAACUGAAGGAGCUCCAGAACAAACUCAUGCUGAUGUCGGGGAAGGGAGACCACGGCCAAGAAGAGGUGGAGAGGUUUGCGGAGGUGUUUGCCAACGUCCAGAGACUUGCCUCCUCCUUCAUCAGCCUGUGCUCUGCCGGUAACAUGCUCUUCAGGAGGUGGAAAGCGGAGGUGUACUGCUCGACAGACAGCCCGGUCUGCGUUAACAUGGACUUCAGCGUGAGGGGUGUUGGCGCCGUCCUGGCAAAUGGAAAUGUCACUGAGCAGCUCCCUGUCCUCUGUCGAAAGAUGGAAGCCUUCCUGGACGUGUGGAAGCAAUUCAUGGACCAGCAACGGUCCCACUGCUAUUACCUAAACUUUUACACUGCCGAGCAGAUUGUCUACCUCUGCACUGAGCUGUUUCAGCGGAACAGCAGCAGCAGGCUACAGGAGAACGUCUUGAUGAUGUUGUCCUUCGUUAAACCUGACUGUACCGCUGAAGACAUAAGGCAAGCAUGGACCAUUUGGAAUACCGUCCAGGGUCCUGAAACCUUAUUGGGCACGAGGCUGAAGCCCUUUGGGGGCAGAAAGGUGGAGAAGAGAGCUUCCAUGCAGCUACGAGUGCAGGAAAUCGCCGAGGCGAGAACCGUGGAACUAAAGCUGGACUUGCUGUGGAAGUACUACAUGGAGAACAUGACUUACUUUCUCUCCGGCUGCCUUGACGUCGGCACCCUGGGCGGGCUCCUCAACAUUCUCGGUGACGCGCAGAAGACGUCCAUCGAGCGAGCCCUUCCUCCCGGCCUGCUGGAGGGCCGCCCGAACCUCGUGGUCUGCCCGCGCUCCGAGUUGCUGACCUGCGCUCUGUGCGUGUACAUGCACACCCUACACCAGCCGCUGCCCACCUAUGACGAGGUCCUGCUUUGCACGGCGGAGACGGGCCUCGAGCAGAUUGAGAUCUUCCUGCGCAGAUGCCUGACCAAGGGUUGCAGAGGCUCCAAGAUAUACAGCUUGCUGUUUGCAGACGCACUGACGUAUGACGUCAGUGUAAGGUUUGAAGAACUGUUCAAAAACCUGCAAUUGCAGGGUAGGCCUGACUACCAGCUGGUAAUAGUGUGCGACAGCGAUCAGGACCAUUGCUACAUCCCGUCGGCUUUCAGUCAGUACAAGAGCCACGCAGUCCCACACGACUCCCUCGAGAACAUCAAACUCUACCUUGAGAAGCAAUACAAGGUUCCACCCAAUGUUCUCUCGGCGGCUUCUGUGUUUAAUGACCAGAUGUUUGUAAGGAUCGUGUCUUCAAAGAGAGGCGGAGUUGGGAAAUCCCUUUAUGUGAAGAGACUGCACGAAACCUUGAAGAAAGAAAACAGGAGCAAGAGCUGUCUGAAGACCAUCCGGCUGAUCGAACCACAGGUGGAUGAAAAUAAAGUCCUGAAGACAGUUUUGUCACUCCUGCAAACGUCAAGGCCACUCGGCCCCACCAUCUUCCACUUUGACAUCACUUCUUCUGUGCAGAAAGGAUUAUCGGCGUUUCUGUUCAAAUUGCUCAUCCUGCAAUAUCUGAUGGACACGGACGGGAAAAUGUGGAAAUGCCAACCGUGUCACUUGUACAUCAUCGAACUGGUUGAGGCACCUCAAUCCCCGUCAAUGCACCGCAUGAGACUGGGGAACCGAGUGCCCAAGUACAGCUUCCUGGAUGUCUUCCCCAUGGUGUGCUGCAGACCCCCGAAGGAGGUGCUGGAGUUGGAAGUGGGCAUAUCCGAGGGCAAAGCGGUGAAUGGGGUGGACCCCCUGAUGGACGAGAAGGAAUUCCGCAGCGAGGCCUUCCAAAGGCCUUAUCAGUACCUCAGAAGGUUCAGGCAGCAGCAGAACCUGGAUACUUUCAGUUACCUGGCCGACAGCGUCGAGGGCAGCCACGUGGAGUGGAUCCAACUGUUCCUCAUCUACUGCGGAGUGGCCGACCCUUCCUGGUCAGAGCUGCACAACUUCGCCUGGUUCCUGAACCUGCAGCUGAGGGACUGCGAGACCUCGGUGUUCUGCGACUUCACGUUCAUCGAGGACACCCUGCAGGGCUUCAAGCAGUUCGUGGUCAGCUUCAUGAUCCUGAUGGCCAAGGACUUCGCCACGCCGUCGCUCAGCAUCUCGGACCAGAGCCCCGGGAGGCAAAUGGUGAGCCUGGAGGGCAUGUCGGAGAAGGACAUCGCGCCGUUCCUCAUCAGGAAGAAGUGGGAGUGCGAGCCGCACCCUUACAUCUUCUUCAACAGCGACCACACAUCCAUGACCUUCAUCGGGUUCCACCUGCAGGAGAACGGCCGGGGAUCGGUGGAUGCCGUGAACCCCGCCAACCGCCAGGUCAUCAAGGAGGACGUCAUGAGCCGCCAGCUGUACCAGGGUCUGCUGCUGCAGAGGGUCCCCUUCAACCUGGAUUUCGACAAGCUGGAACGCGGUGAGAAGAUCGAGCGGCUCACCAUGGUGCUGGGCAUCGAGUGGCCGCUCGACCCCGACGAUACCUAUGAGCUGACCACGGACAACAUCCUGAAGAUCCUGGCCAUCCACAUGCGCUUCCGCUGCGGCAUCCCGGUCAUCAUCAUGGGAGAGACAGGCUGCGGCAAGACCAGGCUGAUCCGCUUCCUGUGCGAGCUCGGCAAGGCCGGCGCCCCGACGGACAACAUGAAGCUGGUCAAGGUCCACGGCGGCACCACAGCGGACAACAUCCGCUCCAAGAUCAGGGAGGCCGAGGCUAAGGCCGUCUCCAACAAGCAGGAGUACGGCUUCGACACCGUCCUGUUCUUCGACGAGGCCAACACCACAGAAGCCAUCAGCUGCAUCAAGGAGGUCCUGUGCGACCAGACCAUCGACGGAGUCCCGCUGGCUCGCGACACCGGGCUACGCAUCAUUGCCGCCUGCAACCCGUACAGGAAGCACACCGCCGAGAUGAUCGAGCGCCUGGAGUCCGCCGGGCUGGGCUACCGCGUGCGAGCUGGGGAGACGGAGGACAAGUUGGGAUCCAUUCCCCUCAGGCAACUGGUGUACCGGGUCCAGGCUCUGCCGCCCAGCAUGAUCCCGCUGGUCUGGGACUUCGGCCAGCUGAACGACGCGACCGAGAAGAUCUACAUCCAGCAGAUCGUGCAGAGGCUGACGCUGUCCCACUCCGUCCCCGCGCCCAGCGUGCCGAGGGUGGUCCAAGUACUCUCGGCCUCGCAAGGGUUCAUGAGACAACGGCAGGACGAGUGCAGCUUUGUCAGCCUACGGGAUGUGGAGCGUUGCAUGCGGGUGUUUGUCUGGUUCUACACCCACCGCCAGAUGCUGCUGGAGAGGCUGAGGGAGUUCCACGAGGCAAUCGAACGGGUCUAUGACGGACCCAGAGACGAGGCCAUGUGGGCCCUUGUACUGGCAGUGGGCGUUUGCUACCACGCCUGCCUGGAGCGGAAGAACGAGUACCGGAGGCUCAUCAGCCGCCACCUUCCCUCUCCGUACGACCAACCCAGCAAAAUCCUGGAGCAGAUCACGCUGGUGCAGGACCUCUUGCUGAGCGGGGUGCCCCCCAGAGACACCAUCGCCAAAAACGCCGCCCUGAAGGAGAACGUCUUCAUGAUGGUGAUCUGCAUCGAGCUCAAGAUCCCCCUCUUCCUCGUGGGCAAGCCCGGCAGCUCCAAGUCGCUGGCCAAGACCAUCGUGGCGGACGCCAUGCAGAGGCAAGCAGCACACUCGAAGCUCUACCGGGACCUGAAGCAGAUCCACUUGGUGUCGUUCCAGUGCAGCCCCCACUCUACGCCUGAGGGCAUCAUCAACACCUUCCGGCAGUGCGCCCGCUUCCAGGAGAGCAAGAACCUGGAGGAGUAUGUCUCGGUGGUGGUCCUGGACGAGAUCGGCCUGGCCGAAGACUCCCCCAAGAUGCCCCUGAAGACUCUCCACCCGCUGCUGGAGGACGGCUGCAUCGAUGACGACCCCCUCAAGCACAAGAAAGUGGGCUUCGUGGGCAUCUCCAACUGGGCCUUGGACCCGGCCAAGAUGAACCGGGGCAUCUUUGUGUCCCGUGGUGUCCCCGACAAGAGCGAGCUGAUCGAGACGGCCAAGGGCAUUUGCGCUUCCAACCCCAUGGUGCUGAGGAAAGUCCAAGCCAUCUUCCAGAGCCUAGCGGAGGCCUACCUGAAUAUCUGCAAGGAGCAGACGAAGGAGUUUUUUGGGCUGAGGGACUACUACAGCCUGAUCAAAAUGGUCUUUGCCCUAUCCAAGGCUUCCAACUCCGAGCCCACCGAACCGGAGAUGACACACGUGGUCCUACGCAACUUCAGUGGCAGCGACGAGGUGAAUCCCAGGGAAGCAUUCAAGACCGUGCUGGGAGAUGAGCCCCCUGACUGCAUCAAUGCCCUGACCCUGGUCCGGCAGAACAUCUACUCCGAGUCCCAGGACGGAGAGUGUCGUUACUUACUAGUCCUGACCAAAAACUACGUGGCCCUUCAAAUCCUUCAACAGAUGUUCUUCAACGACAACCUCCAGCCCGAGAUCAUCUUCGGGUCCAGUUUCCCCAAGGAUCAGGAGUACACCCAGAUCUGCAGGAACAUCAAUCGGGUAAAGAUCUGCAUGGAGACUGGGCAAACAGUGGUCCUCCUGAACCUGCAGAACCUUUACGAGAGCCUCUACGACGCACUGAACCAGUACUACGUGUACCUGGGAGGACAGAAGUACGUGGACCUGGGGUUGGGGACGCACAGGGUCAAGUGUCGGGUCCACAGGAACUUCAAGCUGAUCGUCAUAGAGGAGAAGGAAGUGGUGCACAAGGAGUUUCCAAUUCCGCUCAUCAACAGGCUCGAGAAGCAUUACCUGGACAUCAACACAGUCAUCGAUGGUGGUCAAAAGCACCUGGUCAAAUGCCUGAGCAGAUGGGUGGAGGAUUUUGCCACUCCAAGAUCCAACCAGCCUUGGAUGCAGGGCAAUCAACAGAAAUACAAGCUCUCCGACGUGUUCAUCGGCUACCACUCCGACCACACCUGCGCCUCCGUAGUUCUGCAGGUGACGGAGAGGUGGAAGCAGAGCAGUGCCUCUCACAGACAAAUCCUGGAGGAUGCGCAGAAGGUGCUGCUGAACUGCGCCACGCCGGACUCCGUGGUCCGUUUGAGCCAGUCCAGACUCGACACGACACUAGUGGCCACACUGACUCAUGAGUACUUCACCAACCAGCACCACGACUCUCUGGCCGAUUUCGUCCUCUCUCACUCCAAAGCCGAAAAUAAGUUCCAGGCAGCAUUCACAGAGGUCACAACCUAUUCGCGGCUUCUGACGGCCUCUGACGUUGAGUUUAUGCAAAAGGAGCUGAGUGGCCACAUCCAGAGCAUCUUCUCUCUCUCGCUGCAGCAGUUUGACACUGAGCAUUCGUUCCUCAAGAAGAUCAGGCAUUCUGUUGCUUCAAGCCAGGGAAACAAAAUCCUGCUCAUCCAAACCGACUUUGGAAACGGAUCGCAAAGUUCCAAUCUCAUCGCAUCAGCCAAGUACUCCACCAUCAAUGAAGUCAACAAAUCCAAGAGAGAAGGUGGAACAGUUUACGUGUACUUCAUCACCAAACUGCCCAGAAUGGAGGGGGGGUCGACGUACAUCGGAUUUCAUGGCGACCCCUGGCAGUCGGUUCACAUCGAUGAUCUCCGCAAGUCGAGAGACAUGGUCGCAGAUGUUUCCGCUCUCAAAGAUGUUGCUAUCAGCCGGCUGUUUGAAGUUGACCCAGAGGAACCUGAGGCCAUGAUUAUAGAUGACGACACGGAGAACAGUGAGCAAACUGUGAUUCAACCACCUAUUGAUAAAGAGCGAGUGCUGGAAACCACCCCAGUGAUUCGGAGCUGUGUCCAGGCUGCUGUCAGCCUUCUGAGGGACCAGCACAAAAGCUACGAUCGCAGCACCAAGCGGGUGGAGAUGCUUCUCCUCCUCUUGGAGGAAGGCGAUGGGUUGAAAGCUUCAUUCCUGGGGAUGAUGAAACAAAGGCUAUACAGUCUGCUGCUGAAGAGGGACGAGGGAUCCCAGAACCCCAACGAGUGGAUGGUCCGAGAGGCCUCAAACCUCGAGGCUCUCCAGGAAGGAGGGACUUUCAGACACACGCUCUGGAAGAAAGUUCAAGCGGUCAUCACCCCUUUCCUGGCACAGAUCAUCUCCGUGGUGGACAGAGACUGCAACCUGAGGUUGCUGGUCGACCCUGAUACCCCCGAGUUUGUAAGGAAGCUGUGGAUGGACAUUUUCAACGACUCGAAUCUCCUGGAUAUUCCUUACAACAGAAAUCUCAUCAGUACGCAGUCCGAAAUUGUGGUUCCCAACUACAUGAAGAUGGACCGCCCGGAAGCUUGCAACCUCCUGCCUUUCAGCUGGAGGAUCAAAGACUAUUUGGAUGAAUUGUUGGUUCAGGCCCGAUACAUGGAAGGAGAAACUGAGCAGAAACUCAACGAAAUAUUCAAUAAUGCCGGAUUUGGGAAAUACCUCUCUGACCUGAGUGAAGGCGUGAAAUGCAAAUGUUUCCUCAUGUACCUGCACGAUUUUGUGCUGAUGACUGUCAGCGUUUCAUGCGCGGCUGAAUUUGAGUUUCUACAAGGGGCGCUGCUGUCCUGUAUCAAUGAAAUUAAAACGCAGAAAUGUGCUUUGGACGACCUGUCUUUAGUCUGGGUGCACGUGGCAUAUCAACGCUUCAAACGCCGGCUGCAGAACUUCUUGCGCAUGAUUGCAGUGAACCCUAAGGUUCUGGAGCUGCUGCAGGGGCAGAAGGGACAAAUUGACCGAGCUGGAGAAAACGAGAUGGUCCUGGAUGUUUAUGCUGCUGCGGCCUGUGUUGAAAUGCUGGAGCCUCUGGCAACAGAGUUCAGGUCUGACGCCUCGUGCGAGGCUUGGCUGCAGAAGGUGAAAAGCCUGCAAACGCCCAUCGAGCUGAUCUGCGCUGACGAAUCGCUAAGCGGUCAGGAAGCGAGAACUCCGCCUAUAAACCACAUCAGAGCGGGCUGGAGCCGAUUGUUUUCACUGUCACUGUACGUGGAGCACGUGGUCCUGGGUGUCGGAGAGGUGGACCAACAGUUGCAGGAUUUGGUUGGGAGAUGCGCUCACCAGCUCGGAAAGUGCCUACAGGGAAACUCUGAUAUGAAAUCCUUAGCCCCCUUUAAGGCUGUGGUGCAGACUCUUAAGCAAUGCAAGGAACAAGCGAGCCAGGUGUACUGCAAAUACGGCCUGAAGGAGUGUCCAAUUUGCAUUAGGGAGCUCAUCGACCCAGUCUUGCUUCCAUGCAACCACAUCUACUGUUUACAAUGUAUAAAAUGCUGGUUGGCUCCCGGGCAGAUGAAUUGCCCUUUUUGCCUAACAGAUCUGCCGGCUGACUUCAAGGUGGUGGUGUGUGACGUGAUAAGAGAGGCCGUCCGUAAGAACUCCUUGUUCCGCAAGAGGUGUGAUGCCUUCUUCAUCUCUCUGGUCUCCAUGGUUUGCUUCAGAGACAACUCACCACCAGCUAAGGACGUGAUCUUGCAGCUGCUGUCACGAUUGGUCAUUAAGAAAGAGCUGCUAACGAGAGGCUCACUCACAGAUCAACCGUAUCAUACCGGAGCCCUUUCACCCUUUGACGAAUCAGUUGAUCGGAAUCCUGUUAUCCGCUCUAUAGUACUAAAACUGCUGUUGAAAUACAGUUUUGAUGACAUUAAGGAUUACCUGCAACAAUACCUCACUGCAAUCCAAACGUUAAAGCUCUUCAGCAAAGAAGAUCAGACUGAGCUCUACAUUCUGUAUCUGAACUGCCUGGGGGAUUCCAUCUAUGAAAAGUCGCACUUCUGUACCGUGCAAGAGAUGAUCACACACCUGAACCUGGAGAUGGACUUCCUUCAAGUGUGCCUUAGGCAUGAAUCAAAGCCCCGUGACCAAACGUCCAUAGGGUACCUGCAGAUGAUGGCCAGAAUCCGACUCUGCUUCGAUUUGGCCGCUAAGCUGCUGUGCGAAUCCCAGGAGACUUUCGGUGGGGUUUUGGCGUACGUUAAAACAAAGGGCAUUUACCUGGACUGUAUAAAACGAAUGUGCACACGCCGUGGAAACGCUUGGUUUCAGAUUUACUUGGUGCGGAAGCUGUGUAGUCUGAUGGGGAUAGAGUCCGUCCAACAGCUGUCCGAGGAUCAGGAGCAUCAGUGGCUGUUUCCAGCUGAAAUCAUUCAGCAACAGAGAGACGCACCCGGGCAGAUUGACCGCUACCUCGUGUGCGGCGAAAACUACAGAUGUUACCGCGACGCGUUGGCCAGGGCUCUACUGGAAUGCAAGACGCAAAGCCUCACCGAAGCCCAGAAGCAAUGCGACCGGCCAGCGAACGAGCAAGCCGUUUACAUUACCCUGGCGGUCUUCAGGGAGAUCACCGUUCUUUACUCGUCCACAAACCAAGACCUCCAUCCGAAGCCAGCUCAAUGUAACGCCAUUCAAGAGUACAUAAGAGAGGAUAAGGUGCCCGGCUCUGCUGAGCUCAAGACCUUUCUUGUCGGACUGACCGAGAACUUGAACCUCGUGCUGAAAGUCAAUCCUCACCAAAGCACCCUGCACCGGACAAUCCAGGAGAUUAUCGUACACGCCACAGCCGUGUACCUGAGCGGGCAGAGUGUCACCGUGGCCACCCUGCGCAGUCUGGUCCUGAAUCCUGCUAACAUGGUGCAUGCGUUCUUACCAACCAUGCCAGAGGAUCUGACGGAUGAGGCCAGGCGGUGGGAAGGUCUCAUCGGUGUACACUGGUACGACUGUCCAAAUGGCCACCCGUGUGUUGUGGGAGAGUGCGGGAUGCCGAUGAGUCAGGGCCGUUGCAUCGAAUGCCAGGCGGAAAUCGGAGGAGCGAAUCACCUACCAGUCGGCGGAUUUAAACAUGCCAGAGGUGGGGACAGAACACAGAGUGGUCACAUUCUCGGUGAUCCAAAUAAGAGAGAAACUGUCAUUGCACCUGACAGAAACAUGUCUCCAGUUUCAUUUACACUCCUUCGCCUCCUGACCCACAUGGCGAUGUUUGUGGGGGCAAUGUAUAAUGACCAGGCUGUAGCGCAACUUAUAAAACCGCAGGUGCCCCAGGCCAUGCCUUUCCUCGGGCUGCACAUAGAAAGGGACUUUCAGCAGCUGAUGAAAUCCUUGGGGAAGAGCAUAGACGAAACAGCCAACGUGGUUCACCUGCUCCUCUGUAACCUCAUCCAGCAAAACCAGUUUCCCGGGGUACCGAAUAACCUGGCAAGCAAACAGGAGAGGAACGCUUGGGAGAAGUCGGUUGUCGAUAAUGCCAUAACUCCUACCCUGGCGAACCUGGACCAGCAGCUUCGAGAGGUCAACCUUCGGAUCAGUCAGGACAAGAGGAUCUGCUCGAACCCUAUGGUCAAGAUCGUGUACGGGGAUCCCCUGACCUUCCUCCCGCUGCCUCGGGACAACGUCCUGCACUGCUCGGCCGUCUGGAGCUGCCGGGAGAGAAUCUCCAUCGAGCACCUCGCUCACAUCGUGCAACAGGAGGGCAAGGACACCGUCCCCAUCCUCUGCAGGUUCCUACAAAAGGAGCCCCAGUUGAGGCUGGUGAAGUUUCUGCCGGAACUGCUCGCGCUCCAGGGCGACUUGGUGAAAAGGUUCCAGAAUGUGACUGAGGUGACCAUGUCGACCAUCUCCGCCUUCCUUCAGACCCUCAGUCCAGAGUCUGUGAAGCAUACGUUCGAGUCCCGGGUCGCCAGUUUCCUGUACGUGUGGAAUCAGCUUCGAACAUUCCUGGUGACGAACGGUGAAAUUAAGAUCCCUGAGAGUUACUGCGCCGAGGAUAUCAACGCGAACAGUACACUCGACGUCCUGCUGCCACGUCGACAGGGGCUUGGCUUGUGCUCCACUGCGUUGAUCAGUUACCUUGUCGCUCUUCAGAACGACUUCGUCUACACUGUGGAGAAGUACACGAACAAAACGACGCCAUACUCUGUGAACGCAUCGGACGUGGUUGACCUGCACGUCAUUAAGUACGAGGUCGAGAGAGACCUGAUCCCACUCAUUUCAUCCAACUGCCAAUACACGAUGGAGAAAGGAGGGGAAACCGUGCUGGAGUACGACCUGCGCAGAAUCGAGCAGCAGCUCACCAACCGAUUCCUGAAGGGAAAGCCACUGGUCAACCUCAUGGGUAUACCGACACUGAUAUGUCGACAAGACCGAAAUUAUGAAAACAUCUUCAAAGAUUUGAAGAACAAACUGCCUCAGGAAUUGCUGCCAAAUUCCGUUAUCAAUACCAUCAGUGCGGAGCUGCAGUCGUACAGCGAUAUCUGCGAAGCCUUCACAGCCGUGGAGCUCACCUUGGGCUUCCUGGCCAUGUCGGGCGAGAAGCCUGACCUGCUGCUCGUGGACUACCUGAGGAAGGUGCUGCACAUGGGAGACCAUACGGCACCUCACGUCAUGGAGGCACUGAUGAGGUGCAGCUUAAAGCACAUCCAGGCUCUUUGGCAACUCCUUUCUGCACGAAAGUCCGAAUACCUGCUCCGCUUGAAGAGGGAACCGUUCUCGGGAGUCGGGGAUGAUUACAGAAAGAGCCUGUCCGAGGAGGAGAAGAAAAGCCUGCAGGCCUUCUUCGGGCAGAGCAGUGUCGAUGUGUUCAUCCUGGAACUGCACGAGAUGCUGAUCCUCAAGUGCAGGAACGUUCAAGCGUCCGACGCUCUCAAUCCCACGUGGAGCCUAAAAGAUUCGUUGAACAGUUUUAUGGAACAGAAGGACGUGGAGAAUCUUCCAGAGCUUGACGAGUGUUUCCCGGACAGAGUGGACUUGUCGAAGGCUGUGGCGACGUGGGAAACGGCCGUGCUGUUUAAACGGGAACGUCUAAGCUUGCACGAUAAUUUUGAAAGAUUCGAAGCAAAAAAAAAACAACAACAGCGUCCUGUUAGAGAAUAGGGAGAGAGAGCGAGAGAAUGUAUUUUUUAAAAAAAUGCUUUAUUUUAAAAUGCAACUUUAAGUGAAAAUAUUGCUGCUCACCUGUGCCUAAGUGAUAGGCAGCACUCUGUCUGCAACUUUUGAGAAGUUUCUUUAAGUUUACAUCUCGGAAAAAGCUAUUUAUCUGGUGUCAGGAGUCCAGGACAAUCGUGCCUUUUGUUUUUUUUAAAAAAAAACGAAAAAUCUAACGUUAUAACUGCACAAACCUCUGUCUUACUUGCACAUUUACACCUAUUACACGGGUCCCAAACUGUGCUGCUGUUUUGCCAUAAAGGAGUGGAGUCCUGUAGUCUAUUGAUUAGAGCACUCGCCUUGCGAGCGAGAGGACCAAGUUUCUUUACUCCACACGCCUCUGUUUACCCAGCAGUAAGUAGGAACCCAGUUGUUAGUCGAUUGGUGGAUCGCUUUUCAGGGGGUAAUAAUCCCUUCAAAAAAAAAAAUGUUUAAAAACAAAAAAAUUUGGUCACUCGAUCCACGACUGGUUGUGGGACGCUGCUGUAUGCAAUUGGCUGCCACAUUUCGCCCACAAAAUAUACAGUCAAUUCACUUUGCGGUAUGUUCUGUGAAGCGCUUUGAGACGCUGUAUCAAAUGCAAGGAUUAUUAUAAAAGGGGAAUUAUUUUACUAAACCUGCAAUACUUAAGUUCAGCGGUGCCUUGAGACGCUAAAUGCUGCCUUUUAAUUCAAAAAGAGAUUUUCUGUAAUUAAACUUGUUCACGUAAGAGCUUUGAAAUGCAGAUUUUUGUGAACUUUCCAGCAAGUUUCGAACAAAAGAAAACCGCUGGAAACAUUAUAAUUUUAUAGUCUUGAUGUAAUUUCUAUUGAAGCCCAUUAAAGUUAAUGAUUAUAAAUGUA